CGAAAAGUGAUUUAGUGAAAAGGCUGCAGAGUGCAGACUAUUAAAGCUGCAUUCUUCAUUCUACACUUCUAUACCGAAGUACACAUGACCGUCAGAACGGUUUUAUCGAUAUCGCUUCUUAUUAUGCCACUAUGAUUUCAUCUUUUAUGAUCCGUUACAGUACUAUACUUAUACCUUAUGGUUAAUUGCUAUACGUACUAAUUUCGCACAAUCUUGAUAAAUACAGUACAUAAUCGUGGGAAGGAAAUUUCUUACGUCCGAACUAUCCAAUCAUCCCUGCCGUGGUUGGUUUGUGUUAGACAUAUUCGCAGCCAUGAACGCGGUGUUGGCGCUUUGCCACUUUUGUGAGAUGCACGGACCCAGUGUGAUGAUGUGUACGCAACCGUUCCCGCGGGACGGUGCAACAGAAGUCGAUUCUCGAACGACGGACGAAAGUACGGAAGAACGACCGGGACAGACAAAACGUUUAUCGGUUUCGGAGAGCGAAUCUGAGUUGACUGAAUCUGACACCUUUGAAGCUCAUGAUUCAUUUGGAACCUAUACGUGCGCGGCAUGUCGGUCGUUCGCGAAACCUAACCAGGGAUGUAUGACAGCCGAUAAGGAUGGGGAUGUGUGGUAUCUGACGCUACAGUACCCCUACAAUCCCGAAGUGUUCACGUUUUUACGGCAAGCGUGCGUCCGGAGUUUGAGCAGCGAGAUAUCCCCGGGAAGAGAAGGACCCAUAAUUUUUGGCGAUAAUCAUCAUGGUUAUGUUUAUUGCUACACAUUCUAUUUGAAAGACAACGAAGCACGUGGGCUACAGCGUUGGUACAGCAUUGUCGUGCUGUCCAUGGAUAAGUUAUCCCUAACCCAAUCAUGGCCAUUUUUAACGCGCUCAUCGCGGUCUAUAGUUGCACAAAUGCAGGCUUUGGCGGAGAAGACCUUCAGUGUGGAUCAGGCGGAAAGACCGCAACGUACGGCGCGAUUGGGUGGGGCAGGUGCCCUGAACCCGGAGAACUUCCGCCGGCAGCGCCGAGGCAAAGUGAUGCGCUCGUUGCCGGAACUGACUUCUGAGCCGAAUAUCUUCCACUGUUUGCAUGAACAUUUUACCCACAUGCUGCAGUUGGGUGGAAAUCAAAUGAGCGAAACGUUAUUGGAAGGUUCUCCUUCUUGUUCUUACAGUCAUCGAGAAGGUUCGAUAUUUGUUGAUUUUCAACUCGUAGGAUCUUUUAAUCGUGUGCCUUUGUCAGAUGAUUUCGACAACGGUUUGGCCGGUAUCAACAACCACAGCCGGCAAGACUCGCUGAUGGACAACGGCCUGGAUAGUGCCAUGUCAUCGCCUACUUGGGAAUCUGAAAUAGACACUUCCUUUCCCCGCUUCGAGGGAAUUGUUCAUAUUUAUCGGGUGAUGGGGAAGGUAUCGUUUUUGAAACUCGCGUAUCACAUUACCAUCGGGAAUCAGAUCGUAGUGCGCGGAUUUCAUGAUUUCUUGAUCUCUUCUGUUAUACGAGCCAUUGAGGUAUUGAUUCCUUUUGGUUGCCGAAGAAGUAUUCCAUUCUCCAGUACGUACGUGUUGUCCUGGAAUUGCAACCUGCUGGGAUUGCACCCCGAUGCAGCCAUGCCAGACGAUAUUUUGAGCAGCCCGGAUUAUUUUGUGGUGGAUGUUUUGGCUGCUAAGAUGAAUGAAAUGAAUGUGGAUAAAUAUAAGAUCAUCACGCCGAAUGCGGCCGUUCCAAAAGUUAAAUUGCCCACUUAUUUAUCCCGGGUGGAACGAAUCUUGGCAGAGCCCGAUAUUGCUGAACAGGUUGCUGUCGCUUUGAUCGCUAACGAGCAGGAGCGCAUGUUAAGCAAAGCCAAGGUGUUGUAUAAGCUCUUUCGAACGGAAUCUCGCAGUGCUGAUGAACUUCCGAUCAUCAUGCAGAAGCUCCACAUAGCAGAUGAGGACAAUGGUGUCAUGCGAUUCUGGAUGACCGCACUGAGCGAUGAAUACAAAGGAUAUUUAAAAGAACUGUCUUUUCCGCACCCGGCUGUGAUAACUACCAAAUCGAAACAUCCGCCUCCAGUGGCGAAAACAAUUCAGGCCGCCAUGACCGAGGAUAGAGGACUACUUUUACGUAGAAGCGGGUCAUCCAAGGAUACGGCGGCGUUCAGUGAUGUGACUGUUCGAAUGUAUCCUGGCAGAUCGGGUGUUAAAUAGAAGUAGCCGUGCCUUGGCACAUUGUGAUAACGAUUUAUAUUCUUUUCAUGGAGCUUUAUGACUUUUUAAUGCACUCAUAAAUCGAUAUCAAUUCUCUUAUGAAGUAUUUUACUAAUGUAACAUUAUUCUUUUUACUGAUACUAAUCUGACAUUAUGAUAGUACAAGUUACAAUAAAUGCAAACA